GUUGUUCAGCUAGAGAGUGUGCGACUGGGGGAUGCCAGAGUAGUUUCUGGAGUAGUCAGUAGAGGAAAACAACGACUCCAGGCGAGGCCAAAAUGCACCACUGAAGAGGCUAUUCUGAUUCACAGUGUUUGGAGUUGAUCUUGAUCAGUAGUGGAAGGCUUCCGAAUUUGAUUAGAGUUGUAUUGGUCCGGAAGUGAUGGUUAUUGGGUGAGAUACCAGAAUGGGCUUCCCAAUGAAGUGAUUGUGACACAGCUUCGUCUAGUUGGGUCUGGCGCGUUUGGUGGGCUCUUGUUUAUCUUGGCUUGAUUUACCUUAUCUGGCCCUAUUUCAUCCGAAGUGAAAAAGAAGCGCACUUUGGCCAGAGUCCAUCUAGUGUGUUUACUUGUCAAAAUUCGAAUGUGAGCCGAGUGAAGAGGCUAGAAAACGACUGCUUCCUCAGAUGUACCAAUAACCAUCGGGUGAAGAGUGUGCUCUGAACUGUACCUCAAGAAUGCCCAGUGUGACCACAAUCGAUCAAGAGAGGAUGGAUACAAGCACAGAAGAUCAGAACUAUUUCUCCAAUGAGAGCCUAGAGGACCGUAACUCAACCACAUCCUCGACCGAGAGCUCCAAUAUCUCGGUUGAGAGGCGAAAGGAUCAUGAAUUCAUUCCAACUCGCAUGAAAACAAUCAACGCUUCUAAACCAGCAGCCAACCCUGCCCAGUUCACAAAAGUUCCUUCCAAUCCUCUGCUAAUAUCUGCUCAGAAACAAAUGCUCCAGGUUGAAGAAAUCAAAAAGGCCAAGGAGUUGGCCCAUCAAGCCCGGGGAGGGGGUGCCAAGGGCGAUGAAACCCCUGAAUGGCAGUCCAACCUCACUUCUUGGAAGAGUCGACGAAGGAAGCAAUCGGAAGAGACGCUGAUGCGAGUGGCGGAAAUCAAGGUCUUGUCUGAGGGUGACUCGGAUGGGCAAUCCAGAAAAGUGAGCCUCUCCAAGAAGUUAAGCGGCCUCCUUCACACGGAUGAGGAUGAUUGGUCGGACCUAGGCUUGGCCAAACCCAGUGCAGGUGAUUCAUAUAGUCACGACAAACGUCGAUCCUUCUCCAAGUCCCCGGUCAGUCCUGUGCCCGAAUCUGACGAGGAUCAUCCCGCCCAUUUCUCGGGCUCCCACAACAGUGACUACGAACGGGACGACGGUGACGACGAGGUAGAGGACGAUGACGGAGAACCCCAGUCUUUGGAACGUUGGAAGAGCUCCACAUCCCUCAGUGGAAACCAAAAGCCUCGCGAACCCGCUCGUAAGAAGUCCUCUGAACUUUCGGAGACCAUGCGGAGCAAAUUGGAGGCCUUUGAGCGGGCCCAAAAAGAGGAGGAGGAGUAUCGGCGGCAAAUCGAAGAGAAGCGGAAACUCGAGCUUGAGAAUGAACACGUGGGACAUUUCCGAGAGAAGCUGAAGAACUUUCAGAAGAUCUCCUCUCAGUCAGACUUAAAGAACAAGGAUGGGUUGAAAACGGGCGAGAAGAAGCAGCCUCCUCCACCUCUCAGCUACAGCAAACUCAUUGAGCCUCAACAUUAUGCCAGCAGUUCGUCAAUGAAGCUUGAACAAGAUCCCAACGACGAUGACAUGGAAGACUUUGACUUCAACAAGGACCUGGACGAUGCUCUGGAGGAGAGCUACAAAUCUGUUUUGGGCGACAGUAAUCCUUCCGCGACCCGAAAGACCACGUUAGAGCGGGAUGCGGCUGAGGCCAAAUUAAUAUUCAAGGACAACGAUUUUCUGCCCUCAGAGGUGACUCCACCCAAUGAAAAACCACCUCCACCUCCUCCAGUGAUGCCACAACCUCCUGUGGGCGUUGUCAGCCAAGGUGAUAAGACCAACAGCAAGAGCAACGAUGAAGAGAUUGACAAACAAGAGCGAGAGAUCAUUGCCAGUCUGCAGAAGGAGGAGAAGGAGCACAAGCGAUACAUGGAAUCCGUGCAGUCCAUGAAAUCCAUGAGUGUGACUCAAACGAUGAGUACCACCCGAACCACGGCGACUAGUCGGUUCCACGAGCAGCAUGAAUCCGCCCAGAAGCAGGUUAUGGUCACCCCCGUUGUGCCCAUGCCCGGGGGUUCUGGUUCCAGUACCUCGUCCAGUUUCACCUCCCCAGUCAAGCCUAAGAGUAAUAACAAUGACAGCAACAAUACCCUCUUAGAACAAAGACCACCGACACUGAAGCAACAUCCAGGCUUUGCACCCCAGCAAAGCCUUCCGAUGAAGUCAGUUUCGGCCGGAAAUCUGCCCGCUUUGCCCAAAAAAAAGGAGAUCCCCCUGUCUCCCAACGGUCAAACCAGAACCUACAACCAGCAUUGGUUGGUGCAAGAGGCUGAGCAGAGGCGAUUGGCCGAUUCAAGACAGAAUCAUUCUCCGGCCACGGUUUCUCGUCAGCCCAUCUCAUCGGCCACGCCCUCCCCUUCUAAUUCCUCUUUGUCUGGUCACUCCCCUCCUGUCUACGAGAACACGGCUUAUAACCAGAAGACUCUACCACAGCCACAACAACAGCAGCAGUUUCAAUUGCUGGCAACUGACCCACAACAGAAUCGACGCCACAGUCAACAAGACCAUCAUACACAGCAACAUCAUCAUCAUCAACAACAACAACAGCUACAGCAACAACAACAACAACAGCAACAACAACAGCAGCGUCAGCAACCGAUUUAUAACAAUGUGGAUAAUUCAUGGAAGAGCCAAACAAUUGCCCCUCCCAGCUCCACCACUACCGCCACCAAGAAGCCGGGCUUGAAAAGCAACCCAGCGAACUACAACGAAAGUUUGUACGCCAAUUUGGGCCAAAAUGGACCUUCUCCUGCCAUGCAUAGCACUCAUUACCCACAGAGAGAAAUUACUCGAAUCCCUGGGCCGCAAGUCCCGCCCCGAAACUCUGAACCUCAAAACAGCCUUUUGAGCGUGAGCGGGAAAAAGAAAUGCUCCCAUUGCAAGGAGGAACUGGGUCGAGGAGCGGCCAUGAUUAUUGAAAGUCUGCGUUUGUUCUAUCACCUCCGAUGCUUUCAAUGUUGCGUGUGCCAGGUUCAGUUGGGUAAUGGCACGGCAGGCACUGAUGUCAGGGUCCGGAACAAUAAGCUCCACUGUCAAAACUGCUAUUCGAACGAUGAAGGAUUGAAGUUCAGCAAAGUCUGAGGAGACGAUGGACCCGUAAUAAAAUACCGUGAUGACCGUAUCGCUUCCAAUUUCCCUGUGUAUUUAAUUUUUACACAUCGGUGAUGAGCCUUUUGUACAUUCUUACAGCGAAUAAUUGAAGAAGCUUAAUUCCUGUUAAUUGGUAUGGUUUUCACCGUAUAGGAUGCGCAAUUUUUACCUAUUGACUGGCGUGAUUGUAAAGUUUUCUCGACUUCAUAAUAGCUCCCUCCCAUUUUUCACUUUGGUAAAUACUUCAAACCCUUCACACCCCAAGCGCUCUACGUAUACUGAUCAUUUAACACUCGGCUAAAGAUUAUUAUCAAUGUAUUCAUGUCCAUUUCAUCGCGUAUUCCGCCAUUUUGAUAGAAAUAUAUCUAUAUCUAUACCAAAA